AUGUUCAACUUCCACCUCAGCUACCAGUGGCUGCACUGGCGCCGUCCAGUCAGCCGCCCUCUGCCUCGUCUUCCCGACGGCGUGGAGCGCUUCUUCGUCCAGACAGCCGGCGGCGACGUCGAGGUGCUGUACGCAAAGCCUAAGGGGCCGGCGAAAACCAGCCACCCUCACCCUCACCCUCGCCCUCACCCCCUUUUCUUCGCCCACGGUGGCAUGGGCGGCGCUUGGGUGUGGCUUGAGUAUCUCGAAUACUUCUCUGCCCGUGGCAUUCCCUGCUAUGCCGUCAGCCUGCGUGGCCAUGGCAACAGCUGGUAUCCUUCCUUCCUCCACAUGGUUUACGGCACGACCAAACGCAUGCUCGCCGACGACCUGGUGGCCGGCAUCCGUUGGGCCCAGGAACGGGAAAGCGGGAACGAAGUCGUCCUAGUCGGCCAUUCUAGCGGCGGAGGGCUCUCCCAGCUCAUUCUCUCCGAGCAGGACGUCAAGGUGAAAGGCCUGGCGCUGGUCGCUGCCGUCCCCGGCUUCGGGUCCUUCCGAGUUUAUGUGAACUGGUGGCUCCUGGAUCCCUGGUUCACGCUCAGGAUGGUCUUCCACGGGUGGCAUCCAAACUCGCCUCUGUCACACCCGGCCCUGACAAAGAGGGCCUUCUUCAGCGAGCAUGUAACGGAUGAUCUUGUGAAGAGGUUCCAGCAGCGCAUCAACUCAUACGAGAGCUUCCUCUGGCCCCUAGGAAUGGGCUAUUCUUUUGUCAACCCGCGCAAGAUGCUCCCCCAGAUUACCAGCAACACAGCCACUGGCCAGCGGAUACUGAUUCUCUGUGGCGGUGCCGACAAGCUUAUGACCUUGCCAGUUAUGACAAGACUGGCAGAUAUGUACCGCGCGGCCUUUUUCAAUCUUUCUCGCCGAAGAAAGCUUGAUGCGGUGGGUGACGAGAUAAACUCCAUCUCAGAGGAGGGACAGCAAGAUACGACCGGACAGGGCGUGAGGCUGUGUGUUGUCCCUGGGGCAGGUCACCAUCUGCAGAACGACGUACAAUGGGAGGUAGGCGCUCAGAAGCUGCUCACUUUCUACGAGCAGCUAUAG